GAAAUAUCCGCUCUUCCCCACACCCCCCCACCCCCACCUGCUCGGUCUGGAUGGUACAGUCUGCAGAGGGACUCCUGUAAUGUAGCUCAGUUUAUCAAUCCCUUACAGAUGCCGAACAGUGAUUACUCCGCUGUCUAAUUGAAAUAAUUUUGGAUUUGUGAUGAUAUCUUAGCCAAGCAGAAGCUGUUGAAAAAAUGGUGUGGAGAUUUGGAGGACUGAGUGAUGCAUUACGUUUUAGUUCAUGUCCUUGUGUCUAUGGAAAGGGAUGGCAAUAUGAUGAUUGAUGCCAUGAUGGCCUCUUGAAACACAGCCCUGUACAAGCAACUUCAUGUGAUAAGAUGUUUUCGUGACACAGUUUUCUAAAGAACCAUACCAAAAUGUCUUAUGAAAACAUUCACAAUUCUGCUGCUUGUUCAUUUGCCAGUAAAUUUGUUCAUUUCGGAAGCUGAGAAUCUCAAGUAUUCAUCGCAUCACUUUGAGCUACUUAAUAUGUAGAGGACAUAUAUUGGAGUCUCUCUGCUUUUCUUUAAAGGUCUGAAGGAAGAGAUGACCAUGUAGAUGCCAACAGCCGGGUGCAGCAUAAUGGGAAACGGUGAAUGGGGUGGAACUGGUCUCCAACCGUGAAAGCAGCCAUUCUGUGGACUAUUACCUGGUCAGAGACACAUCAGUCAAUUGCUUUUUCAACUGUGAUUACUUAGAGGCAUAAAGUGGAUUUGUUCUGCUGUUUAGGCUGGAAUUUGAGUUUCUGCCCUUGCAAAUUUUCGAGUUGUAUAUAACACAGAGAGCGAAGCAAUACCAUCAGCAACAAUGGGUGACAUGACAAACAGCGAUUUUUAUUCAAAGAACCAAAGAAAUGAGGCCAACCAUGCAGGAGAAUUUGGAUGCACACUACAGGAUCUGCGCUCCCUCAUGGAACUUCGAGGAACAGAGGCAGUAGUAAAACUUAAAGAAAGCUAUGGAGACACCGAGGGCCUCUGCAGACACUUGAAUACAUCGCCAAUUGAAGGAUUGCCUGGCACUGCUACUGACUUAGAUAAAAGAAAGCUAAUUUUUGGGAAAAACUUUAUACCUCCAAAGAAGCCAAAAACUUUCCUACAAUUAGUCUGGGAAGCAUUACAGGAUGUGACUCUUAUCAUCUUGGAAAUUGCAGCCAUCAUAUCUCUUGGGCUCUCAUUUUAUCAUCCACCUGGAGAGGGGAAUGAAGCUUGUGCUACUGCAGCAGCAGGAGGUGAAGAUGAGGGUGAAGCAGAAGCUGGCUGGAUUGAAGGUGCUGCCAUCCUGCUCUCUGUUAUUUGUGUGGUACUGGUCACUGCCUUUAAUGACUGGAGUAAAGAGAAGCAAUUCCGUGGACUUCAAAGUCGUAUUGAGCAAGAACAGAAGUUUACUGUGGUUCGAGGUGGACAAGUUAUUCAAAUCCCUGUAGCAGAGAUAGUAGUUGGUGACAUUGCACAAGUCAAAUAUGGUGACCUUCUACCUGCUGAUGGGGUGUUUAUUCAAGGAAAUGACCUUAAGAUCGAUGAAAGUUCUUUAACUGGAGAGUCAGAUCAAGUCCGCAAAUCUGUUGAUAAAGAUCCAAUGCUACUUUCUGGUACCCAUGUAAUGGAAGGUUCUGGAAGAAUGCUUGUCACUGCUGUGGGAGUUAAUUCCCAAACAGGAAUAAUCUUUACUCUGCUAGGUGCUGGUGAAGAAGAGGAAAAGAAGGAUAAGAAAGGUAUGAAACAGGAGGAUGGACAUCAGCUUCCAGUAGAUUCUUCCCAUUCCUCCUUCCAUCCUCCUUCAACUACAGAUGGGGCAGCAGGUGCAAAUGCCACUGAUAAUGCAAAUGCCAGCUUAGUCAAUGGCAAAAUGCAGGAUGGAAAUAUGGAGAGCAGCCAGAAUAAAGCCAAACAACAGGAUGGUGCUGCUGCAAUGGAGAUGCAGCCCCUGAAGAGUGCAGAAGGAGGAGAGGGAGAUGACAAGGACAAGAGGAAAGCUAACAUGCAUAAGAAAGAGAAAUCUGUCCUCCAGGGGAAGCUGACUAAAUUGGCUGUCCAAAUAGGCAAAGCAGGUUUGGUGAUGUCUGCCAUCACGGUCAUCAUUUUAGUAUUAUACUUUAGUAUCGAUAACUUUGUAGUAAACAAGAAGCCAUGGCUGCCUGAAUGCACUCCAGUCUAUGUUCAGUAUUUUGUCAAGUUCUUCAUAAUUGGUGUUACUGUGCUCGUAGUUGCUGUCCCAGAAGGACUUCCACUUGCUGUCACAAUUUCCCUUGCUUACUCUGUAAAGAAAAUGAUGAAAGAUAACAAUCUGGUCCGUCAUUUAGAUGCGUGUGAGACUAUGGGUAAUGCUACAGCCAUCUGCUCUGAUAAAACAGGGACAUUGACAACCAACCGGAUGACAGUAGUACAGGCCUAUGUUGGAGACGUCCACUACAAAGAGGUCCCUGACCCAAAUUCCAUUCCAGCCAAAACUCUGGAUUUGCUAGUUCAUGCAAUUGCCAUCAACAGUGCUUAUACUACAAAAGUUCUGCCACCAGAAAAGGAAGGUGGUCUACCUCGUCAGGUUGGCAACAAGACAGAGUGUGGCUUAUUGGGGUUUGUCUUGGACCUAAAGCAGGAUUAUCAGCCCGUCCGGAAUCAAAUGCCUGAAGAGAAGCUCUACAAAGUGUAUACAUUUAACUCUGUGAGAAAGUCAAUGAGUACUGUCAUUAAAAUGCCAGACGAUAGCUUCCGAAUGUACAGCAAAGGAGCUUCUGAAAUUGUCCUAAAGAAAUGUUCUAAAGCCCUUAGUGCAUCAGGUGAGCCUCGCAUCUUCAGACCCCGUGACCGGGAUGAGAUGGUAAAGAAGGUGAUUGAACCAAUGGCCUGUGAUGGGUUGAGAACCAUCUGUGUUGCGUUUCGGGACUUCCCCAGCUCCCCUGAACCAGAAUGGGAUAAUGAAAAUGACAUUUUAACUGAUCUGACUUGCAUUUGUGUGGUUGGCAUAGAAGACCCUGUACGACCAGAGGUCCCGGAAGCCAUAAGGAAGUGCCAGCGAGCUGGAAUUACAGUCCGUAUGGUCACUGGGGACAACAUCAAUACAGCUCGUGCCAUUGCCAUAAAGUGCGGAAUAAUUCAUCCUGGAGAAGACUUUCUCUGCAUUGAGGGAAAGGAGUUUAAUCGAAGGAUCCGAAAUGAGAAGGGAGAGAUUGAGCAGGAACGUAUUGACAAGAUCUGGCCAAAACUUCGUGUCCUUGCUCGUUCAUCUCCCACAGACAAGCACACUUUGGUAAAAGGUAUCAUUGACAGCACUCAGGUGGAGCAGAGGCAGGUUGUAGCAGUGACUGGUGAUGGAACUAAUGAUGGGCCGGCCCUUAAGAAAGCCGACGUUGGCUUUGCAAUGGGUAUUGCAGGAACUGAUGUGGCAAAGGAAGCCUCAGAUAUUAUCUUGACAGAUGACAAUUUCAGCAGUAUUGUGAAAGCUGUAAUGUGGGGCCGUAAUGUGUAUGACAGUAUCUCGAAGUUCCUGCAGUUCCAGCUCACAGUAAAUGUGGUGGCCGUGAUUGUUGCUUUCACUGGGGCUUGCAUCACCCAGGACUCUCCGUUAAAAGCUGUGCAGAUGCUGUGGGUCAAUCUGAUUAUGGACACAUUUGCUUCUCUUGCUCUGGCUACCGAACCUCCUACAGAAUCCCUACUGCUAAGGAAACCAUAUGGCAGAAACAAGCCCCUUAUCUCACGUACCAUGAUGAAGAACAUUCUGGGCCAUGCUGUUUACCAGCUCACUCUCAUUUUUACUCUCCUUUUUGUUGGUGAAAAAAUGUUCAAGAUUGACAGUGGCAGGAAUGCACCACUCCACUCUCCGCCUUCUGAGCACUACACCAUCAUCUUCAAUACCUUUGUCAUGAUGCAGCUGUUCAAUGAAAUCAACGCACGCAAAAUCCAUGGUGAAAGGAAUGUUUUUGAUGGCAUCUUUAGAAACCCUAUAUUUUGCACUAUUGUACUGGGUACAUUUGCUGUGCAGAUAGUAAUUGUACAGUUUGGUGGAAAGCCUUUUAGCUGCUCUCCUUUGGAACUUGACCAAUGGUUGUGGUGUGUAUUUAUUGGAUUAGGUGAACUUGUAUGGGGCCAGGUCAUUGCAACUAUUCCAACAAGUAGGCUAAAAUUUUUAAAGGAAGCAGGAGGGCUAACAGAGAAAAGAGAGGUGCAUGAAGAGGAGCUGAAUGAAGAUGUAGAAGAGAUUGACCACGCAGAGAGAGAACUUCGGCGUGGACAAAUCCUCUGGUUCAGAGGGCUUAAUAGAAUCCAAACCCAGAUCCGCGUCGUGAAGGCAUUCCGUAGCUCUCUCUAUGAAGGAUUAGAAAAACCAGAAUCUAGAACCUCCAUUCACAACUUUAUGACUCAUCCUGAAUUUAGGAUAGAAGAUUCCCAGCCCCAUAUCCCUCUCAUUGAUGACACAGAACUAGAAGAAGAUCCUGCACUCAAGCAAAACCCAAGUCCACCAUCUUCACUGAACAAGAACAAUAGUGCUAUCGACAGUGGAAUAAACCUUACAACUGACACAAGUAAAUCAGCUACCUCUUCUAGUCCAGGAAGCCCUAUCCAUAGCCUGGAGACAUCACUUUAGCUGAAAAUGUCACUGCAAAAAUAUUAAUAUAAAUAAUAAUAUAUACAUAGAAAAAUAUGUAUAAACAAUGCUGGCUGAGAACCUGUUUGAACUCCUGUUCGCUUUGAAAAAAGAAAAGAAUGAAUCGCUUAUAAGAAUGGUUGUGGGGAAAGAAUGAAUUGCUGACAUACAUAUUCCCUUCUUGCUCCCCCUGCAGAAACAAAACAAAACAAAAAAACAAUACAAAUGCCCUCCUGCAUGAAUGUACUAUCCACUUCCAAACCUCCCUCCUUUUUAUUCCAUAAGCAGGAAAUGCAGAGGACUCCUUUGAGAUUAUUUAUCCAAUUCACUGGUCUGUGAGUUUUUCUAAAUGCUUGUGUGGCAUGGACUCAGUUGUAUAGAUUAAUUUACAUAACUUUUUUGAAGUUGCAAAGCUUGACUUGCACAGUAGAUUUGCACCAGUUGGACAAAGGAACCUAAAAUAAGCAUUUAUGAGACUAUAUAGAGAGAUAUAUACAUAUAAAUAUAUACAUAAUAUAUUAUAGCUAUAUAUGUGUAUAUAUCCAUAUAUAGUUUUAUAUAUAUAUAUAUAUAUAUAUAUAUAUAUAUAUAUAUAUAUAUAUAUAUAUAUAUCCUUGUUGGCAUGUUGCCUUUUUCUGCUCAAAUUGCUCUAUUUUAACUUAUUUAUGUCCUAAAAAUAAAGAAUGUAAUUUGUUUACAGAACUGUAGAUAAUAUCCUUAACUAUUUGUAGGAUUAAGACAGCACUUCCUGCCGAGAUAAUAUACAACUUGCUCAAUUCAAUGAAAACUUCUGUAAGAUGGCACCCUGGAUGUUUUAUUACAACUGUGGUCUGAUUUUUGCCUGCUAGGCCUUUUUUUUGUUUUUUUGUUUUUGUUAAAUAAUGUAGAUAAUGCUAGCAAAUAACAAAAGAAGCCAAAAUAUAACAUACUGGAUGUAGCAUUGUGAAUCUAUAUAGAAGGUGAUGAAACAGAAAGGCUUCCUUUGUUUUAAAUUACAAAUUUAAAUGAUCAGGUUUUUUGCUCUCUCUCUUUUUUAAUGAAUUGUUUGACCUUGUUUUGAUGCAAUACUCAAUGACGAGGCCAUUUCCUUAUUUAAGUGUAUUGAAAUGGCUUCUUAAACAUAUUUUUUUAAAAAAAGAUUAUAAUAAAGCUCAGUGGAGUUUCUGAAUAUCAGUUCAAAAAUAAGUUAUACUUGGCUUUGUAGGACGAUCAAACUAGUGUUGAAAUAUUGUGUGCUGAUUUUUUUUCCCAUUAGAAAUUUAGGCAUUUAUUUCUUGCAACGUAUGGGCUGUUGGCAUUUUGGAUGAGAACCACUAUGAUUUGUUGCUUUGAUUUUUUUUUUUUUAAGAAAACCAAUAUCAUUUUCUGCACUAUGUAGACCUGAAUGAAACUUUAUGAAGUGUAUACUGAAAUGUGCUUUGUGUGAUUCUUUUUAAACCAAGGUUGUCUUCCUAUAGUCCUAGAAGUAUACAGUAGCAAAUUCACAAAUGUUUUUUGCCCAUGUAUUGUGCUUUCUACAAGGAAAGCCAUUGUGAACAUCUGCAAUACUGUGGGUGAGAUCUUUUCUUUUCUUUUCAAGAUGGUAACAGCCCUGGUAACUUAGAAGCUUAUAUAAUUGCUAUGUCAACCACUUGAAUGCGAAGCACUUUGUGGGUCACAGAUUUUUCAUAAAUGACUUUUGUAUUUAAUACAAGGUUUGCUUCAAGACUUUUCAGCAUAUGAUCUUUUCCUUAAACUUGUACAGUGCAGAAGACAUUUUGAUUAACAUGCUCAAUUAUGCCAGAAGAAUUGGGGGGAAGGCCAUUUUAAAAAUAGCUUGAAAACUCUGUUGUGGUAUUGCCUGCUGUUUUAAAGUUGGCUAAAAAGGUGGAACAACUCUGUAAUCAGAAGAACUAUUCCAACCUAGAAACUCUUCCAACAAGAUGAGAUACCUGGCCAAACUGCAGUUUGAAAUGACUAAUGCUCUGAGGACACACUGUGACUAUUGGGCCAGGUAGAGCUAUAACCAGCUUGAAUUGCCAGCUUCUGGACUUUAAUAUGAAGCUUUUAAUGCCAUUGGGCUCCACAUAGUUUGGUCUGAUCCAAACAUCUGGCUGAAGAGCAACCUUUCCCAAGCUUACACAACCUUCUUCUCAACAUAGUGUGACCCAGUUCUUAACUCUCAAAAGCUGGCAUGAAACCCCAGCUGACUUCAGCUCAUUCUUAGAAUCAAACUAAGUGAAAGUUAGUCAGGGUUCAACUAUGGAUUGUAAAUAACAUUGACUAACUUUGUGCUACACUGAGGUUCUGUAUUCAACUUGGGAUACCAUAUUUGAGAAACAAAAAUAAUGAUGUUUAUAUACAGGGAAAAGCAUGUCGCUUUGGACUCAAACAACAACAACAUUGUUGGUACUGGAAUAGUUUUCAUUUUCAAUAUCUUAAUAUUGAUUAUUUGCCUUUUAUUUCAAGCUUGUUUUUUUGUCAGAUUCUUUUUUGGUUUUAUUUCACUUUGUGUGUGUGCACAUUGUAAUACAGCCUCUUAAUAACUUGUAGGGUACCAUUUGCAAACUUGAAAAACUGUUCAAAGAAACCAACACUUCAUUCUGUACAUAUAUAGUUAAAAAAAGAAAGCAAAAGAAAAUAGAAUAUAUAUUAACUGUGAUGCAUAGGAAACUUUGGAUUCUGUCAACAGAAACCAUGCUUUAUGUAUAUGAUAAACAGACUUUUUAAAAAACAAUGAAAGCAGAUGAGCUAUAACAACCUUUCAACUUCAAGAUGUGCACCAUGUUCCCUUUCUUUAUUGCUUGACCUCUGUAUGAUGGGAAGAAUGGAUAAAAAACCAAAAUGAUCUAUAUGUUGACAUUCACUGCAAUACAUAAAAUGCUUGCUCUCUACGUACUGUUCCUAAAAGCAUGAGAUUUGUGGAAAACAACAGCAGUACAUUCAGCAAUCCAUCCCAGUAGCGAUUAUUAUUCCUAUAUGUUUAUUCAUCUGUUUUUAUGAAUUUUUUAAAUCUAGACAAUAAUUGUAAAUAAAGAACUUACUGUCUCUGUUCAUUUAAUACUAUGCAAAAGGUUAUGCUUUCUAUUGUUAUUCCUACAGUGUGAUGCUGGAAUGUUUGUGGUUUCAAAAAAACACACACAGAAGUAAAAUAUGUGAUGUAAAUUAUUUUAUAGUUUGAAACAAAAUGAUAACGUUUUACUCUUGCUGCUUACUGUCUAAUAGAUAUCUCCUGGCAGGAGCACAAGUGGAAAUUGAGAAAAAAAAAUAAAUUCACAAAGCAGCAUGAACAAUAAAAGUCUGAAUAUAACAUC